AUGGUUAAAAAAAGCAAAACUUCAAAUAUUUUCAAAAAUAAUCCUGUUCUUUAGAAUCUCAAUCGUAGUAAGUCAAAUAACCAUAUUUUUUUUACAGAAGCAUACAAAAUUCCUUAAUAACCAAACGAACAAUUUGUAAAUAAAAUUGAUCCUGAAAAAUCUAUGCCAAAGAACCAAUUUACAUUUGGUAAUUUCAAAUACAAUGAAGAACAAUCUAUCCGUGAAGUCUUUGGAAUAUGA